AUAUCUUUCGUACAGUUAUAAAACACACAUAUAACUCUGUGGUUGAAGAGCAGACGUUAAGCAUAACAUAUUUCUCUUCUAAUAAUUCGUAUUAUAUAUAUAUAUAUUUUUUUUUAAAGACCCUUUACGGAAAGAACCAAGAAAUCUAAAGUAGAAUGGCUUCUGAUGACAUUAACUUUGAAAGUGUUGCCUCUCCUGCUCCGGCCGCAUUGGAUAAUUUCAAAGUUGACAGUAUCGUAGACAAUGCUCGCAGUGCAGCAAUUCCUUGGCACGGUUUUCAAAGGUCGGGCGUCUUGACCGAGGAUGAAUACGAGUUAAUUUCUAGCAUCGUUGGAAAACCAAUAGAUGUCUUCAAAAUGAUUGUCGAAUCUGAUGUAAAAUUGUAUACGAAUUUGUUUUUGAAGUUGUUUUCGAUUACAACGAACCCUGGUAUUUUACACUAUGCUUUUGUGAAGGCUGCGGACGCUUUAUUAAAUUCCAAGGACUUUUCUUUAUUUUUUAUUCCGUUAUUCUUCAAAUUCCUCAAAGAAAAUGAUACUUACUUCAACAACCUUGCUGAUGAUGAAAAGUUAUUAUUCGCUCGUGUGUUUGCUUUAUCAAACUUAUAUGUAGCCUGCAGUUGCCCCAAGAUGUUCACUGUGUUUUUAGAAUACUUAAGCAAACUUAUGAAAAGCUCGGACAACAAUUUAUGUUUAUUUGCCGCUCAGUGUCUUGCUGCUAUAUUGAGCCUAAAAGCUCAUCGUUAUGCAGUAUGGGCAGAAGGUUCUUGUCCUUCUCGUUUAGCUGAGCUACUUAGAACUGCUUCUGAUUCCCAAGUGCAGUAUUAUUCCCUUUUCUGCUUUUGGUUACUUACCUUUGAGAGCCCAAUUUCUAAAGAAAUUAACCAACCCAUUGAUUUGGUCAAGGUAAUGGUCCAGAUCGCAAGAUCAGAUACAAAAAUCAAAGUUUACCGUUUGAUUCUUGCAAUAUUUUCCAAUCUUUUGCAAAAAGCUCCUAAUGAAAAUAUAUUCACUAUGCUCAUUGAAAAUGUUGAUAAAGUUGUUAAAGUCCUUCAGCGAAGAAAGUGGGCCGACGAAGAAAUCCUUGGUUAUAUGGACUAUAUCCUUUCUACUCUGGAAGUAAGCUCCGAACACUUAUCCACCUUCGAUUUUUACAAAUCCGAAGUUAAUAGCGGCCAUCUACAAUGGUCCCCUUCUCAUCGCUCAGAACAAUUUUGGAUGGAGAAUGUUACAAAACUCAAUUCUGAUAACUACGCCCUGCUUAAGAAGUUAUUUCAAAACUUACAAAACAACGACAACUCUACUUCGUUAGCUGUUACAUGCCAUGAUUUGGGUGCAUACAUAACAUAUUACCCGAAAGGUAAAAGCGUUUUGGUAAAGUAUGGCAUGAAGCAACGUAUUAUGGAACUUAUGAGCCAUCCUGAUCCAGAAGUUCGGUUUGAAGCUCUCAAUACCGUUCAAAGGUUAAUGACUGAAGUUUGGAAUAAUUAAUUAUUUUAUCUUGUGAAUUAAUAUCGAUUAUUAGCUCGUCUCCUUCGCUAAUUAUUUUACUUUUACGCCAUCCGAUUUAAUAUACAAUCUACUUUUCUAUCUUUCAUCUUCAAUAAUUAUGGA